CCGCCGGGAGGCAGGAAGCGGCCAGGUGGGCGUCCUCAGGAGGAGCUGCCGACCGAGGCCGGCCCAGGGAGGAGCCAGGCGGGGCGGCGCGCAGCAGUUCCGGACUCACUUUCGUCGCAGUCUCGGGCACCGCGGGGAAGGGCGCGAAGCCCAGCCGCUGCCCGGCCGGCCGGGGCGAUGCAGCCACCACCCCGCAAAGUUAAGCUGACCCAGGAGGUGAAGGUGCAUUUAAUAGAACAACUGACCAGCUUACAGAAUAAGCAACAGCGAGAGUUGGAGCUCCUAGAGGACAUCAGGUCCUACAGCAAGCAGAGGUCUGCUAUUGAGAGAGAAUAUGGGCAGGCAUUACAGAGGCUAUCAAGUCAGUUUUUGAAGAGAGACUGGCAGCGCAGCUGGAGUGGCGCCAGUGACUCCAGAAGCAUCUUUGCAGUCUGGAAGAGUGUGAUCGAUGGGACCAUCUCCUCUGCCCAGACCAGGGUGGCUGCCUCUGACAACUAUCGUAAUGUGAGCACAGAGGUGGCUAAAACUGCUCGGCUGUCAAAAGAACACUGGUCCAAAAAGGGCAUGGAACAGUUGCAGAAUACACAGGUUGAACUGCUGGAGACAGUGAAGGAACUCAGCAAAAUCAAGAAGCAUUACACGCAGAUACAGAGGGCCAAUGAAAUAGCCAGAGAAAAGGCUGCUGAUGUGGAUGGCAGGCUCAGGAAGAGCGAUCAUGGCAUAUUUCAUACCAAGGCCAGUUUGCAGAAGCUCAGUGCCAAGGUCAGAGGCCCAGCCUGCCAGCCACGUGAGAACUUCUCUGUGCAGCUGGCAGAGAAUUCACAGCAGCUGGUGAAGGCACAAAACGAGUACCUUUUGACAUUGGCAGCUGCUAGGGCCCAUGUGGAGCACUACUAUCAAGUGGAGCUCCCAAGUGUCCUGAAGAUGUUAGAUGGUGACCUUUAUGAAAGACUUCGGGACCAGCUAACUCUGGUUAGCAGGACAGAGUUGGAAGCUUGCCAAGGCACCCAGGAAAUCUUCCAGAGUGUGCUAGAUGCAUCUGCACAGGUCUGCCAGGAGCAGAAUCUCCUCCUUUUCCUACAGGAUAGUGCUGUUUUUUCCUCACAGCCCUUUCAGCCAGCAGGAACUGACCAGGCGCCCACACUCCUGGAUGUCAGUGGCAGCAGUUCUGUGGAGAGCGGUCUGGAAAAGGAAGCACGCCGCUGGGCUACUAGAGCAGCCAGAGAUUAUAAAAUCCAGACUGUCAGUCAGCAGAUUUUGCAGAGAAUGGAAGCCAGAAGGCAACAGGUCCCUGAGGCAGAGAUGACCAGCAUGGAGAAAAGGAUAGAGGAAGUAAAAGAGAAUAUACGGAAGGCAGAGAUCAGCAAGGUGAAGUCUGAGGCACGGAUAGCAUUGCUGCGUCAGGCAGGCCUGGAUGUAGACACUUGGCUGGCAAGUGCCAUGGGGCAAGUUCUGGAUGAAAUGGAACAAGAGCGCCGGCUUAGUGAAGCUCGCCGAUCUCAGAGGGGCUCAACUCCUACAGCAGAAGAUUUUGAUCUUGCUGAAUUUGAGGAUUACGAUGACAGCAUAGACCUGUUUGAGGAUGCAAGGCCAAGCCCAAACAUGGCACGUGCCUAUCCUUGUUGCUGCAAAGUAUUCUUCCCAUACCAGGCUCGCCAAUCUGAUGAGCUGACCAUUGCCCAGGGUGAGGAACUGGAGGUCAUUGAAGAUGGUGAUGUGGAAGAAUGGGUCAAGGCACGUAACAGUGCGGGACAGAUUGGGUAUGUUCCUGAGAAGUACCUAUUGUUUCUGGACAUAAACAGGGAAUGCCCAAAUCCAGAUGAGAACAGCCAGGAAGGUUCCUCCGAUAAUGCCUUAGAGAGGGAGCUGACAAACAUUAUGAACAUGGACUUGAUGCUGGAACCUGGAGCUUCACUGGUGAGAGCCCUGUAUGACUACGAGGGGCAGAGCCCAGAGGAACUCAGCUUUCCUGAGGGAGCCAUCAUCCGAGUGCUGCCACGGGAGGAGGGAGCUGUAGAUGAUGGCUUUUGGAAAGGUGACUUCAAUGGGAGAGUUGGGGUCUUCCCAUCUUUGGUGGUUCAAGAAAUAACUGGCACUCAGGAAAAGACUGAGCAGGAUCUUCUUUCACCUUCACCUCCAGCAUUUUCCCCUCCAGUCCUUGAACAUGACACAAUGCCUUCUCCUGACAUAAUACAGGGAGGUGGCUGGCAACAAAAUAUGGCUAGUUCCUCUGAUCAGAAUGUACCACGUAUUCGCCCAGUUCGAGCACCCCCGCCUCCACCAUCUAAGAAUCUAGAAGCUGAUUCUUCAUCUGGACAUGAUUAACCCUACACCUGUUUGCAUUGCAAAAAAGGCUUAAGUCUUUGCAAGCUGGCAGUACCCCCUAAGCAAAGUUCUUUCUUCUUGGAGUUCAUGGGCAUAUUGCUGCUUUGGUGCCUAUGCCCCAUUCUUAAGCACCAAAAAGUAAGCAGUGGCUUUGGGUGCUGGGAAGAACAUUGUCACUAACAGGAAGAACUUCUCUACUUCAACAGAGGCGGAUUCCCCAAAUCAGCUUGAUUUUGAUGGAGAAGUAUGCCAAAGAAUGGACAGCCAUGUGUUUUCAUAUCUGUCCUAGGCUUGAGCCCUGCAGCCUAACAUCUAGAAAUUGAAGUCUCUCUCUGGCUUUCAGAUGUCUUGAACUACUACUAUUUAAAGUUAACUAUGCAAGUGUCUUUCAUUAGGGUGGGAUCUGGUCUUUCUUUGCUUUAAAUGCUGGUAGUUGGAGUCCAAGUAUUUGUGGCGCUUCUGCUAAGGAAAAUAGACAACAGCCAAGCGCAAACUGUUGCUGCUUUUUAAAUGAACCAUUAGUUCUUUUACUGCCCUCUUCAGGGUGGGCUGGUUCCUGCAUGUGUCCCUGAGAGGCAAGAGACGGGUAGGUAUUGAUCCAAUAAAGAAACAUCAUUCUGCA